UUACUUCCCGGCUGAAACUGCAGCUGGGCUUUUAAAAUAUAUAUCUAUAUAUAUUUUUUUAAAUUAGUAAUGAGAUAAUAUAGGAUUAGUCUGGUCUCAUUUUUAAGUCGACAUUAAGGGGAAACAAAUCCGUGCUGGUAUUUUGAACUACGCGACUUCCCGUAUCUCGUCCAGUAGUCUAUCACUUCCUCUCUCGCUUUCGUCCUGUUUGUACUAGUAAACAAUUAGCUGGCUAGCUUUUACUACGAUGUCUCAGCGCCUAGUGAGCGGCACGUUUUUGCGGAGGUAGUGUAUUCUGUAUUAAAACGCUGUUUUGUAUUUUAACAUACAAUAAAACACUGGAUUAAGUACUUUAUGGUCAUUUGUGGAUGUAAACAGUACAUCUUCGUCAUCUACCGUGGUCUAGCUGCUGCACAGUAGCUACUGUCGCCCUACUCGACUCCUGCCCUUUGUUAAUAGAAAUAACAUUGCAUUCGCAAUGAAUUGUCGCUCGGAAGUUCUGGAGGUAACUGUGGAGGCGAGGCAGGUGGAAGAAGCUAUGCUGGCUCUGCUGCACACAAUUUUACUGCAUCGCAGCACCGGGAAAUUUCACUACAAAAAGGAGGGCACCUAUUCCAUCGGCACCGUGGGCACACAAGAUAUCGACUGCGACUUCAUAGAUUUCACCUUCGUCAGGGUGUCCUCAGAGGAGCUGGACAGGAUGAUAAGGAAAGCGGUAUCUGAGUUCAAGGAUGCCUUGAGCAACUCGGGCAGCGACGGGAUGGGACAGAUCUCCCUGGAGUUCUACCAGAAAAAGAAGUCACGCUGGCCUUUUUCUGACGAGUGCAUUCCUUGGGAAGUGUGGAGCAUCAAGGUGAAUGUGGUCAACCUGGCCAAUGAGCAGGAGAGACAGAUAUGCAGGGAGAAAGUGGGUGAGAAGCUGGGUGAGAAGGUGAUCAAUGUCGUUGAGGUCAUAAAUCGCCAUGAAUAUCUGCCAAAGAUGCCCACCCAGUCAGAAGUGGACAAUGUGUUUGACACCAGUCUCAAAGAUGUCCAGCCAUACCUCUACAAGAUCACAUACCAGAUCACUGACUCACUGGGUACUUCUGUUAGCACCACUAUGAGAAGGCUGAUUAAGGAUACACUAGCAUUGUGAGGGAAAAUAUUGAUGUAUGGAUUUUUCAUAUGUCUGUGCUCCUGUUAUUUUUGUUUGAUGUUUUGUCAGCUGUACACCUGGAACAAUGAGGCAGUGUCAGUAUAACAAUGUUCUGAUCUCUUUGUGGUGGUCAUGGCAUGAUUCAUACCUUAAGAUACUUAAUUAUGUGAUCUUUAUUUUGAAGAAUAUUUUGCUUUUGCAAUCUUUCUUUUUUCUCUCAAAUACACUAGCAAAUUUCCGUGUCUAUCAGUUAAAUUCCUUAAAAAUGUUCUCUUCUUGAUAAUGUCAUCAGUACAUUACUGUAAAAUUUGAAUACCAAUAAAUGUGAACUUUAAUUACAA